AUGGGGAAGUGUCAGUCCAAGCGCGGCGAGCGAGGCCACUCACCGGCCCCCCGCGGCCCCCCGCGCCCCGGCCGCGCCGCAGCGCCCCAGAGAGAGAGCCCCGAAGGGGACAGCUUCGCGGUGUCCGCGUACGCGAGUGGCCACAAAGGGGCUGAGGAGGCAGAGCGGCGCGUCGGCCGGCAAGCAGGGCGUUAUGAGGAACGAGGGCAGCAGCACCAGAAGCACUUGACGGUGCUGUUUCUAAAGCGGGGGCACAGCCUUCGGGCGGCAGGGUGGUGGUUCCAGGUGGGGACAGCCUCGGGGCGGCAGAGGCACUUCCCGGGGCUGCUGGUCUCCCGAGAAGCUCCCAGCAAGCUGCGGGAGACAUGGCAGGUGUGGCCGCCCGCCCCGGGGACAGGUGGGCUUGUGACGGCUAGUGUCCUCAUGGGCGGCGGCUUGAGGGAGCGUGGAGCCUCCUCAUCCACAGGCGCCCUCGGGGAGCUUCAGAGAAGCACCAGGGUGGUCCCCGCGCUGGGAGCGCCGUGCCGGGGUCUCCGCACGAAGCCUGCUGGAGGCCCGCUGGCCUGUGGGGAGGCCCAGCGGGCCCUGACCGUCUCGGGGUGCGGCAUCCUCUUGGUCCUUGGGGACGCCCACAUUGUCUCUGCACCCAUGGGCAGCGGUGGGGGCAUCUGGCAGGCCUCCCCUGGGGAGCUGGGUUCUCCUGGCCUCCUCCAGGGCCUGUCCGCAAAGGCUAUGCUGCGGGCUCAGGCAAAGGCCAUGCCACUCGACCCGGGCACGCGGGGCGCGUUCUACAGCAGCCUCUGCGCGCACGGGCAGCCACACCUUCCAGACACGGCGCAGUUGCAUCCGGAUGACCCCGGGGAGCUGCUCAGCGGGGACCUGCAGGAGGGACCUUUCUGGGAGGACCAGUGUCCCCUAGAGGUGGCAGUCACCCCUGAGAAAGCCGAGGGCCGAGGCAGCACAGGACAGCUCUUCGGCGUGCUUGAUGGAGAGAAAGCAGCAAGCCGCGAGGGCCCACGAGGGCUGGGCAAGAGGCACCUGAACAUCGAUGUGCUCCAGUGCGACGUCUCGGUGAAGGAGGACAACCGUCAGGAGUGGACAUUCAUGUUCUAUGGUUUCGACAACAAUGGCAAAGCCACCAGGGAGGACGUGUCCAGCCUGAUGCACACCAUCUGUGAGGCCGUCGACGCCUCCGUCAGCCACUCCUCUGGCAGCAGCAGGACCCUCCGUGUGAAACUGACCGUCAGCCCCGAGUCGUCCAGCAAGAGAAAGGAGAGUCCUCCCCCAGGCCAAGACCGGGAGCCCACUCACUGCAGGACGGAGGGCGAGCUCAGCGAGGACCCCCGGGGGGCCGAGAAGAGGCUGUCGGCACCUGUCAGGAGGCUGGGCGCCGACCCCCACCCCUGCUGUGCACGGGGCCCGUGCCACGUGGACGAGAACAGGGAGCGGAGGAACCACUACCUGGACCUGGCCGGGAUCGAGAACUACACGUCUAAGUUCGGACCCGGGUCCCCGCCGGCACCAGCCAAGCAGGAGCAUCAGGGCAAGGCCGUGCACCCCCAGAGCAGGGCCCACUCGCAGGAGGCGGACGCACACGAUGCGCACCACCGCAGGUCUCAGCCGCUGGCCGACGACCACCCCCCGCCGGCUGCAGACCCCGCCAGGGCCCUGGACGCGCAGCCCCGCCUGAAGGGGCAGGACAAGCAGCCUCUGAGGUCCCCCAAGGGCUCAGGGAGGCCACCUGGGGCGCCCGGCGGAGGCAAGCCCGGGAGAGCCUUCGGCUCCCACCUGCCGGCGGCCCCGGCCCCCGCCCCCCAGGACGGCCAGCGCCCCCCCCCCCAGCCCCCGCCGCAGCCCUACGGCCACAAGCGCUACCGGCAGAGGGACAGGGAGGGCCACUCGCCCCCCGAGGCGGUGCUGGAGCACGACGGGGUGCGGGGCCCGCCGCCCCCGCUGGUGGGGGAGGGCUAUGCGGUGCCCGCGGUCCAGCGCCACGAGCACCACCCAUCCUAG